AAGUAGUGCGGAGGUGUAGUGCUGCGACGGUGGCGGAGGGUUAGAGUCUGAGGGUUGGCUUCUUCUCUAACGACUCUGAGCCUUUGCCUCCUUCUGUCAAGAGCCUUUAUCUCACUCGGGGGCUCUGUCUUCAUCACUGUCUCCAGAGCUGUCACCUUGGACCUUGGAGCAUAGGAAGUAGCAGAUUUUUCCCAGAGUUCAGCUAUGGGUGUGAGAGGUUUGCAAGGAUUUGUGGGAAGUACCUGCCCACACGUGUGUACAGUGGUAAAUUUCAAAGACCUGGUGGUGCAGCACCGCAGCCAGUUCCCUGGAUGCGUGCCCACAGUUGUGGUAGAUGCCAUGUGUUGUCUCAGGUACUGGUACACUCCGGAAUCUUGGAUCUGCGGUGGCCAAUGGCGAGAAUACUUUUCUGCUUUGCGAGACUUUAUUAAAGCUUUCACAGCAGUGGGCAUCAAGCUGGUCUUCUUCUUCGAUGGUAUGGUGGAGCAGGGCAAGCGAGAUGAGUGGGUGAGGCGCAGACUAAAGAACAGCAAGGAGAUAGGCAGGAUUUUCCAUUAUAUCAAGUCUCAUAGGCAGCAGCCAGGAAGGAACAUGUUCUUUAUCCCCUCAGGGCUGGCCUUGUUCACACGAUUUGCCCUGAAGACAUUAGGUCAGGAGACAUUUUGCUCCUUGCGGGAGGCAGACUAUGAGGUCGCUUCCUACGGUCUCCAGCACAACUGUCUUGGGAUUCUUGGGGAAGACACAGAUUACUUAAUCUAUGAUACUUGCCCCUAUUUUUCUAUUAGCGAGCUCUGCUUAGAGAGCCUGGACACUGUCAUGCUCUGUAGAGAGAAACUGUGUGAGCAUCUAGGUCUCCACCUGAUGGACCUUCCUCUGUUGGCCUGCCUACUUGGCAAUGACGUAAUCCCAGAGGGCAUGUUUGAAAGCUUUCGGUACAAGUGUUUAUCUUCCUAUACCUCUGUAAAAGAAAACUUUGACAAAAAAGGCAAUGUUAUCUUAGCUGUGUCAGAUCAUAUAUCUAAAGUUCUUCGUUUGUAUCAAGGUGAGAAAAAAUUAGAAGAUAUAUUACCUUUGGGAGCAAACAAAGCUCUUUUUUAUAAAGGAGUGGCAUCAUAUCUUUUGCCAGGACAGAAAUCACCUUGGUUUUUCCAAAAGCCCAAAGAUGUAAUAACUUUGGACAAACAAGUAAUAACCAUGAGUUCUGAUUCUGAAUCCAAGCAAGACAUUUCUAAAUGUACAGAUCUUGAAUCCAGGCAAGAAGUUCCCGUGUGUACAGACCUUGAAUCCAGGCAAGAAGUUUCCAUGUGUGCAGACCCUGAAUCCAGGCAAGAAGUUCCCGUGUGUAUAGACCCUGAAUCCAGGCAAGAAGUUCUCAUGUUUACAGACCCUGAAUCCAGGCAAGAAGUUCUCAUGUGUACAGGCCCUGAAUCCAGGCAAGAAGUUCCCAUGUGUAUGGACCCUGAAUCCAGGCAAGAAGUUCCCAUGUGUACAGAGCCUGAAUCAAGGCAAGAAAUUUCCACCUAUAUAGACUCUGAAUGCAAGCAAGAAGUUCUCACGUAUACACUCCCUGAAUUCAAACAAAAAGUUCCUAUAUGUGCAGAUUCUAUACCUAAGCAAGUUUACAUGUGUGCACACCCUGAAAUCACACAAAAAUUACAUGUAGCAACAGACUCUGAAUUUAAGCUAGACACUUCCAUGUGUACACAACCUGAAAUUAAACCAGAAGACCCUGUGAAUAUGGGACCUGAAAUGAAGCAACAAGUAACCAUGGUUUUGGACACUGAAAUCUUAAAGGUUGCUAGAACUCGGCACGUGCAAGCAGAAAGCUACUUGGUGUACAGCAUCAUGAGCAGCGGCGAGAUCGAGUGCAGCAACACCCUGGAGGACGAGCUGGACCAGGCCCUGCCCAGCCAGGCCUUCAUUUAUCGCCCAGUCCGACAGCGUGUGUACUCACUUUUACUGGGGGACUGUAAAGAUGGCACCAGCACGUGCCCAGCCGUGAAGGAGUGGUUUGUGUACCCUGGGAACCCGCUGCGGCACCCAGACCUCGUCAGGCCUCUGCAGAUGACUGUUCCAGGGGGAACACCUAGUUUGAAAAUACUGUGGCUGAACCAGGAGCCAGAGGUGCAGGCCCGACGCUUGGACACACUUCUGGCCUGUUUCAACCUGUCCUCCUGCAGGGAAGAGCUGCAGGCCGUGGAGAGCCCGUUGGCAGCUCUGUGCUGCCUCCUCAUCUACCUUUUUGUCCAGGUAGACACCCUUUGCCUGGAGGAUUUACACGCAUUCAUUGCCCAAGCCCUGUGCCUCCAAGGAAAGUCAACUGCACAGCUGAUAAACUUACAGCCCGAUUACAUCAACCCCAGAGCUGUGCAGCUGGGCUCCCUGCUGGUCCGUGGCCUCACCACUCUGGUCCUGGUCAACAGUGCAUGUGGCUGCCCCUGGAAGACAAGUGAUUUCAUGCCCUGGAAUGUGUUUGACGGAAAGCUCUUUCAUCAGAAGUACCUGCAGUCUGAAAAGGGGUACUCCGUGGAGGCUCUUCUAGAACAAAAUAGAUCUCGGCUCACCAAAUUCCACACCCUGAAGGCUGUCGUCUCAAAGGCCUGCAUGAAGGAGGGCCGGCGCAUCGUGGGCCGAGCACACUGGGGCACACACCACACAGGGAGGUGGGGAAGACAGGGCUCCAGCUCCCAUCCACCAGGCUCUGGGUACGGCCAUUCUGGUCAGGGACAACCAUGGAGAGACCAGGGACCAGGAAACAGACAAUAUGAGCAUGACCCGUGGAGAAGAUAUUAGUUGUCCUCCAGGUCAGGAAGCUACAGCUGCAUCUUCCUCUCAGCUCAGGAAGGCCAGACCCAGAGCUGUGUCUCUUGCUCCUCAGAAGGGAAAACAGGGAGAGACGCUGCCUCUGUGCCCUCCCUGAGCUGCUUGGGCACGUCCGUAGCCGCCUGCCUCCCUCAGGGUGAUGCACCUUUUCCUCCUUGGCCACAUUUCCCAGGUGUUCUGGGGGCAUCUGGUGAAGUGUUGAGAAGAACCCGAGAGAGCAAGCUAUGCAAGGUUGAUCAUGGGACUUAGUCACAUGGAGCUGAGACCAGCUGAACUGGCAGACAUCCAGGCCUUGUUUUCAUCCUCACGCCAAGACGGGUAUGCAUGCCCAGCCUGGAUUGCUACACAACUGUCCUCCCAGACCCCACCCGCUGGUGCCCAAGCUAUCCAAGGACCUUGUGGUGGGCACCCCUGCAGCAGGUACACACCUUUGGGCUGCCCUUGGUUUGAGGCUGCUUGUUCUAAAGAGAAAGGUUGGAGUGUGAAGUCAACGUUCUGAGAGUCAGGCUUUUCUCCUGCCAGUAUAAAAAGUAGGAUGCUAACUUCAGAGUUUUCCACCUGGCAGGCCCUCUGAACUAAAAAGAAUAGAACAGCAUUUUAAACACGGGUGUGUCUCCAUUUCUCCAUGAUACUCCAGAAAUUCUCUUUUACCUGGGGAAGCUGAAAUAAGAACCCUGUGGGACUUGCUCAGACACAUGGGUGCAGCGCUCCUGCUGUCCUCAGGGGACAUGGUCAGCUGGGCCUCGUUCUCAACAUAUGAUUGAGCUUGGAGUGCUGGGGUUAAGAUGAGGGGAUGAGAGAGUGGACUCUUCAGUGACAGCUUUGGGGUUUCCAGUGGGUGUCCCCACUGAAAUUAAGACGCCACUUAAUUUCAACAGAGUUUUCAGUACAGCUGAGUAAAGUGAACGGGAAGGGAGGCACAAGUUUCUUACUGGCUAUCUCUUGAGGUCACUGUCUUCUAACCCCAUUUUGUGGAGACACAUGUGGAUUUAGGAGUGCCUGAUUUGGGAGUUUGUAUACAAUGGCCUGAGAUGCACUGUCCUUUGCUUGAUCCUUGAGUUAUAAAAAUACAGAAAAAGCAGAGAGUUCUGUUAAAUACACAAAUUUGUCUACUGAAUCAAAUGUUUCGGGCCACAACCUACAGCUUACGAUUCACAUCACGAUAAAAAGGCUGUGGAGCGUGGAGAGACGGCUGCAGGGGCGCGACUCUCUCAAAGCUGUUUCCUCCAGAUGCUGCUUGGAGACCAAGGAUUAGCAGGAUGCACCAGGACCCUGUUGUGAAUCGGAGGAAGUUGUCUGCCUUUGGGGUUGGGGGUGACCAUCUGAAGAAACCUGACUUGGUGAUAGUGGUCACAGUUGCUCAGGGUGGUGACAAGGAUGCCUUCAUCCAAGCCAUCACCCCAACUUUACAGUUCUAGGAUUUCAUUUCCUACUGAAAGCAUUUUGCCAAGGAAUUGGAUGCUUUUUAUGUCCUCAGAAUCCUCCUCUUGGUUCUUCACACUAUUCUGGUUUUUAGUAGGUUUCCUUGUGGUAGUCUGACUUCUAGGCCAACUUAGAACUUUUAUUGUAGUCGUUGUGACGAUGUGACCUUUCCUGAAAGUCUUGGCACGUUAUUGUCAGUUGGUUUUGGGCUAAGUAAUUAGGGGUAUGUGUUAUAAAAUUGCUUUGCUGUUUGGAUGCUGAUUUUUUUUCU